AUGCGGGCCCACCUCAAGACGGAUGCUUUGCUGAUCUCAAAGGUAAUGGCAGUGACAAAUGGGGCCUCUCAGGGGACCACAGCGAGGGUUAGCCGUAGGAAAUUGCACCGGCUCAGUGAUUAUGGCAACAUCAGCAGUCGGAAGACAGGAGCAGAGCAGGAGGCCUCGAUGUCCCAGACUCUCAGACUUCAGCUCUCCUGUUGGCUUCUUGGCUUUGUUGGAGUAGAAUUUGUGUUCACAGAAUUCAAGAUGGAGUUUCUCCGCUUCCUGUUCCGGCUGCCACGCCGAUCACUUGUUGCCCUGCUUCCCUUCCAUGGUGGGCUCUGCACCUCUGCAACGGGAAGCCCUAAUAAAUCUCUUCUGUGGGCAGCCAUAUCAAUGUCUUCUGCCACCAGCUGUCAGAAACUCACUGAAGUAAACGAUGAGCACAAACUUCAUACCGUCUAUGAGAAUGGAAUGGCCAUGGAAGUAGCCGCUGUGGGUGAUGACUACAAUGAUGUGGUCCAAAUCAGUGGUGGGAAGGACAAACAAGGGUUUCCCAUGAAGCAAGGCAUCUUGACCCACAGCAGAGUGCACCUGCUGUUGAGUACAGGGAAUUCUUGUUAUAGAACAAGGAGAACUGGAGAGAGGAAGGGCAUGUCUAUUGGAAGAUACAUUGUGGAUGCCAAUCUGAGUAUUCUCAACUGGGUUAUUGUAAAAAAUGGAGAGAAGGGCAUCACUGUGCCUCAGCAGCUGGGCCCUAAAACAGCUAGCAGAACUAGAAAGCAUUUUAUUCUUUCUAAUGAAGAUAAUGUCUAUCAGCAUAUUGUCAGAAAGCCCUUGCACAAAGAAGGUAAGAAGCCAAGGACCAAAGUGCCCAAGACCCAGCAUCUCCCUAUUACUCAAGUUAGAGUCCAACAACAGAGAAAUAGAUUCACGUCUUUGCUGAAGAAGAGCUAA